AUGCGAGCCGUCGCCUGGCUCGGCCAACCCUACAACGUGUCCGUGAUUGAUAUGCCCGUUCCGAGCAUCAUAAACCAGACAGACGCGGUUGUCCGCAUCACCACCUCAGCAAUUUGCGGCUCUGACCUCCAUUUCUACCACGGGUACACGGGGGCUGCCAACGUGCCUUGGGGCCUCGGCCAUGAGGCUGUUGGGUACAUCUCCGAGAUUGGCGAUGAUGUGUCCUCUCUGCAGGUUGGAGACUAUGUUAUUAUCCCGGACAAUGCACACGAUGGGCAUUAUGGUCAGGAUCACCCGCUUUCGUUCGGAAGCGGGUCCCCUGACUAUGGUGGUUUGCAAGCCGAAUAUGCCCGUGUUCCAUUCGCGGACAUGAGCCUGAUCCCAAUCCCCUUCAACAACGGCACCGGAAACGCAACCAAGGAACUCGACUACCUCAUGAUCUCGGACAUAUUCUCCACGGGCUGGCAAGCCCUAACCUACAGUGGUUUCCAGCCCGGCGACACCGUGGCCGUCUUCGGCGCAGGCCCCGUAGGUCUCAUGGCCGCAUACUCUGCCAUGCUCCGCGGUGCUUCACGCGUUUACUCAGUGGACCAAGUGCCCAGCCGUCUGCAACUCGCUUCUUCGAUCGGCGCUAUACCUAUCAGCUUCAACACCUCCGACCCCGUGGAGCAGAUCCUAUCCCUUGAACCCAACGGCGUCACUCGUGCUCUAGACUGCGUUGGCUUCGAGGCCGUCAACGCCACAGGGCAUCGCACCGACGGAAUCGUCCCGCGCAACCUCCUCUCCGUCGCAGCACAGCAAGGCGGGAUCGCCAUUGCGGGUGUAUACACCGGCGGUGGGAAUAGUACCCAGGGCGCACCAUUCGCGGAUCAGAUUCCUGCCCAGGUUCCUUUAUCCGUUGCGUCGUUGUGGGGGAAGGCGCUUACCGUGGGCAGUGGGAUUGUACUGCCGCUGGAACAUGCGCAGGAGCUCGUUGACCUUGUUGCUGCGGAUCGCGCGACGCCGAGCUUUGUGGUCAGCGCGGUUAUUGAUAUUGAGGAUGCGCCGGGGUUUUAUAGGCGGUAUAGUGACCAUUUGGAAAAUAAGAUUGUCAUUCGGUUUCCGUGA